AUGGAGGGACAAGAGCAACAACUACAUGUUCAAUCUCAAAGGAUGGAUCGUCAAGAAGAACUACUCUCUAGUUGGAUGGAUCAACAAAGAGAGUGGCAGAAACAGCAAAUGGAGUUGCAACAGGAGCACUACUCCCAGCUCACCCAAGCCAUAAAUCAAGUGUCCGAAAGGCAAAAAAGCCAAGAUAAACGCCUCCAAGAACUUAACCAACGCCAGAUGGCUCAGUUGAAAGCAUUCAAUGAAUUCAGUGUGCUCAAUGAAGGAAGGCAACUGCAUCGAGAAGAAUUUAGCAUAAACACUCAGGCCAAGUUAAACUAUAUGACUGGGCAUAUGCAUAACUUGCACCCUGCCAUCCCAAGUUAUGAGGCAGUUCACAAGGACUUAACAGAGCAAGAAGAGGGAAAGGUGAAACAGCAAGGAAGCGUUAAAGAAGAAAAUGGAGGAUGCUGA